CAAAAACGAGACUUCCCCGUAAAGUUGUGCCGACUUACGGCCAGCCCGACUCCUCGAAAUAUCCAGCUUUUGUAAUUUUCCAUUUAUACCCCCACCCUUCCCACUUGCUUCGUCUAUAUAUUAGCCGCCGUUAACUCAUACAAAUCCUCACAAAUUAAUCGUCGAGAAAGAGAGAGCCGCUGCAGAAGAUUUUUCACUUCACAAAAGAUUUUCUGUAGCAUUUCUCUUCAAAUUCACCAACCAAAAAUGGCUCGCUCUUUCUCCAACGCUAAGACAGUUUCUGCUCUCAUCACCAACAAAAUCUCACACGUCGUCGCCAGGAGGGGAUUCGCAGCUGCAUCGCAGGGCGGAGUAUCCAGCAGCUUGCGGGCCGGAGCUCCGAGCGUCAUGCUGAAGAAAGGAUCCGAAGAGCCCACUGAGAUCUCGUGGGUGCCCGACCCGAAAACCGGAUACUACCGACCCGAAAACCACGCCAAGGAGAUUGACGCCGCCGAGCUGCGGGAGAUGCUCGUUAAGAACAAGACCCGCCGGAGCUAGAUCCGAUCCGUUUGGAAGAUGCGGGUUCUUUGACCCGGCCUGUUGGAGGGAAUCGGAGCAGAAUUAAAUAUGAUGUAGCUGCUGCUGCUGCUGAUCUUCUGUGCUCUGUUUUCCGGAGAGACUGAAACGAAUUGAAGUAUGUUUUAUGUUUGCGAAAUCGGAGGAUCUCAUUAUGUUCAAUGUUUGUCUGAAAUAAAGGAAAAAGUUCCUCGUCA